AUGUUACCUCCAUCUAUUCCCAGGAGACCAAAAAAGCAAUCUCAGGCUGGUUCAACCAAUGAUCUGGAUCUGGAAAGUAUUAAUAGAUUUGAAACUGAACCAAAUAACGAACAAAUGGCAAGUAUAGAGUCGUUGAAGUCUGAAGACCCAAGCGAUAAGAUUCCAGUGAUUCCAAAAAGACCAGAAAGAUCAAAGCCCUCAUCAAGAAGCCCAAGUUUACCGGUUAUUCCUAAAAGACCGCAGAGGUCCGACACAUCUGGUGUAGAGGCAUUAAGUUCAUUGGAUUCGUCUGAAGUGGAAAAUGAAACAGAAACGAACAAAAGCAUAAAUGAAGCUUCAAUAAAUUCAGGGAUGCAUUCUAAUGAUGCAAUUGAUCCAUCUAAAAGCUCUGAACUUAAUUCUGAGGUUAAAGAUAUAUCUGAAUUGGAUGACUCUGAGGGAGAUAAGACUCCGAGCAAUACUAAAACUAAAACUACUAUUAAAGAAGAUCUUAAGGUUACUGACGAUAAUUCCAUACAUAGCUUUGAUGAUGAUUUGAAAACUGUUCUGCAAGAACGAGACGACAAUGAAUUACCAGACCUUGCGCAUGAUAUAAGUAAUGUCCAUUCUUCAGGUGAAACUGAUAGGGCAAGCAGCCUCACUGAAGAUGUUAAUCUUGAUUUGAACAGAGAAGAAUCUUGUGAGAGUGAAAACAAGAAAAUUGAUGAAUUUACUACAGAAAGUAACGAGAAAAAAUCUAAUGAAGUAGAAAAUCAGUCUAACAGCAAUGAGGAGUCGGAAAAAAAAGUAGGAAAAGAUCAAGAAGUAUCUCAAAUGUCGAAAUUGAUCGAUGAAAAAACGUCUGAUGAUAAAUAUUCGGGUAAUAUUCCACACAUACCAAGAAGACCAAAAAAAUCGAAAGCCCCUACUAACGAAUCUAAUUUUGAGCUAUUUGAAGUAAAUGCUUCUGAAAAUCCGAAUUCAAUUGAUCAAAAGCAAAAGCUGAUUGAAAUCUCUAGUGACGAAGCUAAAUCUGCCUCGUCUAUUAAUGAAGAUUCUCAAAAAUCUGAGACUCUUCAUCCAGAAAAAAUUAAUUCCAAGCCCAAAGCCCCUCCAAAGCCCAAGAAGUUGUCAUCAAAGAUUGCUGCAUUUCAACAAAUGUUCAAUCAGGAAAACGCAUUUCCAAAAAACUCCGAAUCUAAUAAGCAACAUUCAAAACAAGACUUAGAGGAAAAAAGUCCAGAUAAUAAAGAUGUUCCAUCAAGGUUAUCAACUGAUAAAAUGAAAUUUGCUCAAAGUUUACAAGGCAUGAUGGGUAAAGGGAUUGCUAUGCCAGGUAUGUUCAAUCCUAAUUUUCAACAGAAGAUGGAUACUGAAGAGGCUUUGUCAUCAAAUAAAGAGGUAAAAAUCCAGAGUGUAAAAAAAGGUAUUACCAGAGGACCAAGAGGUAAAAAGUUACCAAAAUCCUUAAAAAAUCCCGUCAAUGUUGAAGUUCCCUCUAGAUUUAGCUCUUUUGUUCUGACAAUAUGGGAAUUAGAUUUUCAAUCAAGCAAUGAAGGGGCUAAAGAGGACAUUGUAGUAGAUAAUAGUACAGAAACAAAGAAUUUGGAAAAUACACAAGAAAUACUGAAAUCGAGGGAUAGCUCAGAAGGUAUUAUGGAUAGUGAUCCUUUAUCGAGCUCUAUAUGUCCAACAAAAUCUGAGGAAGAGGUACCUCCUUUGAGGAUAGGUCAUGAUGGUGUCUAUCAGGAAAUUCAAAAACCUGGAAGAAAUGAACAUGAACGAAAGAAUUUAGAGGAUGUAUGUAAUGUAGAAGAUUCUGAAGGUAGUAGUGAAGAGAAAAUAUCUGAAGAAGUAGAACAUGAUGAGGCAGUAUCGUUUUCAGUCAAAUUGAAAGAUUUGGAUCUGGAUAACGACAAGCAACAUAUACUUGAGAAUAAAGACUCGGAUCUUAUUGAAAGCGAAGAGCACAAGUUAUCCUGA